AUGAAUUACACGUCUCUCUCAGAUUCUUCCUCCUCUUCUUCGAACAAUACCCCUUCUCCAGUCACUUCCCACCGACGAUUUUCAGAUGAUCAAUCUUCACAUGUAUCACAAUACUCUCUUUCGGGUGAUUACACUUAUUUGGUCGAAGAACCUGGGAUGAACGUUGUGAUAGCUCGUAAAAUCGCUAAAAUCCAAGACUCCCUUCCUAAUCUAUCAUCAACGAAUCUCAGACAAGCCAAAGCAGAUAUGAUGUAUCUGCUUACAAUCGUAAAUGGUGAAGGAGAAGAUAUAGCACAAUGUAAAGCUGGUGCAGUGUUUAGUGCGCCUGUAUGA